AAUAUAUCUCUAAGCGUGUGAAAGGCGUGGUCACUUGUACCCGUGUUCUGUGGGCUACAGCCCCUCGCGCACUGGAGUCUCAAAGGCUUGCACACUGUCGGCAACUGCAAACGUACGGCGGUUGCGGUCGCAGACUUGAUCGGAGCAGCGAGAUGCAAUUCGCUGUAAUAUCACUGGAUACGCAACUAUUUUGCAAUUUGGAGAUAUAUAUUAAUCUUUAUGAAACUUGCCCAUCGUAAAUUAUAUUAAAACUUGAACGUAGCAGAAAAUGUGAAUCAGUUAAGUUAGUUUAAGACAGGUGCUGCAUUGAGAAGAAAUCAUUUUGAUUUUAGAGGUGCAGGAAUAUUUUUUAUUAAAAAACAAACAAAAACAAAAAUGACACGUUAUUUAAAACCAGACACAUGUUCUGACAGUGAUUCAAAUGAGCGGAGACUAACGACUGGCACUAUUCAAGUUUAAAUUUGGCGUGGAACAAGAACAACGCGAAAAUGGAGACCUUUACACUGCCUGAUAUAUUCAGAAAUUCCACUGAUAUUUAUAAACUAUUGUGCGGACUGGGCAUCAAGAAUGAUUCGGACUGCGACAACGGAAUGGACUUUACGCAGGAGCCUAAAGAUAUCAACCAGACUGUCCGGAUCUUCCUCUACGUCCUGAUAUUCCUGCUGAGCAUUCUGGGAAACUCCCUCAUCAUCACCGUGCUGGUCCGGAACGGGCGCAUGCGCACCGUCACCAACCUGUUCCUGCUGUCGCUGGCGGCCAGCGACCUGAUGCUCUGCGUCUUCUGCAUGCCCUUCACCCUCAUUCCCAACCUCAUGAAGGACUUCAUCUUCAGCAGCGGCAUCUGCAAGGGAGCCAUGUACUUUAUGGGUGUCUCGGUCAGCGUGUCCACCUUCAACUUGGUGGCCAUCUCCCUGGAGCGGUACAGCGCCAUCUGCAACCCGCUGACCUCGCGUACCUGGCAGACCAAGUCUCACGCCGCCAAGGUCAUCACCGCCACUUGGGUGGUGUCCUUCAUCCUGAUGCUGCCGUACCCCAUCGCCAGCACCCUGGUGCCCUUCACCCGCUACAACAACAGCACUGGGAACAUGUGCAGGCUGGUCUGGCCCAGUGACAUCAUCCAGCAGUCCUGGUAUGUGUUCCUGCUACUGCUCCUGUUUCUAGUGCCAGGGCUGGUCAUGAUGACAGCAUAUGGUCUUAUUUCACUGGAGCUCUACAAGGGAAUUAAGUUUGAAAUGAACAACAGAAAAUCUAACAGGGAGAGAGGGGCCAGCACCAACGGCCUGAGGCCCGCGGACGGGGACGGCUGCUACCUCCAGCCCUCCAAGCGAAAGGCGGAGCUGCAGCAGCUGCAGGCGCAGCGGUCGCAGCGGCAGGGCAGUGACGGUGGCGGCAGCGGCAGCGGUGUUGGCGGGAGCAGCAAGGCCAAGCUGAGCCGCGUCAGCAGCAACAGCUCGGCCACCAACCUGAUGGCCAAGAAGCGCGUGAUCCGCAUGCUCCUGGUCAUCGUCUGCCUCUUCUUCCUGUGCUGGACGCCCAUCUUCAGCGUCAACGCCUGGCGGGCCUUCCACCGGCGCUCGGCCGACCGGCUGCUCUCCGGCGCGCCCAUCUCCUUCAUCCACCUGCUGUCCUACACCUCCGCCUGCGUCAACCCCAUCAUCUACUGCUUCAUGAACAAGCGCUUCCGCCAGGGCAUGCUGGCCACCUUCGCCUGCUGCUCCCCCCGGGGCGGGGGCGGGGUCCGCAGGGGGGCGGGGCCGCGCGCUCGCCGCGCCAACGGCUGCCUCUGCCGAGGCCCCGGCCCGGAGGAGGACGGCCACACCCACUCGGGCGGCACCCUCACCCGGUUCACCUACAGCAGCACCCGCGGCUCCGCCCAGGCGUAGCCCCACCUCGUUGUAAACCGCGCCCCCGCUGCCUUGCCCCACCCCCACCCCCUUGUGUAGGAGAGAGCCCAUUUCUUUAUUGUGAACUCACCCAUGCUGCAGCACACACGAUCCAAACCCAACCCCCCCCCGCCCGCACCCCUCCACCAUCACGCCCAUGCCCACCCCCAUGGCUUUCAAAAAUGCUGUUGGGACAGUACUAUGCGAACCUGGAUAACUCUAAGGAAGGACUGGGCAGAGAGCUGUAGAGGGACUGGAUCUGAGCUCUGGAUGUCUGAAGGGGUGCCAGGUCAGCCAGGACUGCCUCUUCACAAAGCUUUAAAGAGCUGCGCUACGCCUGAGAAGUGCUCAGCCGGUGGGUGUGCCGUUCACUCUUAGGAAUGAGCUUAAAGAAGCACAGCAGAGCUGCACACCAGUCAGAGUUACUCAGCCAUUCAGUGUUAUGUGUGUGUGUGUCGCUGUCAAAUGGACUAUCAGCUUUAUGUGUGUGCCACUGUCAAAUUAUCUCUCAGUGUUAUGCGUGUCACUGUCAUAUUAAUUCUGUGUUACACGUGUGUCUCUGUCAAAUGAACUAUCAGUGUUACGUGUGUGUCACUGUCAAAUUAACUCUGUCUUACGCGUCUCUGUCAAAUUAACUAUCAGUGUUACCCGUCUAUCUCUGUCAAAUUAACUAUCAGUGUUACUCUUGUGUCACUGUCAAAUUAACUCGGUGUUACACGUGUAUCUCUGUCCAAUUAACUAUCAGUGUUACACAUGUAUCUCUGUCAAAUGAACUAUCAGUGUUAA